AUGUCGUCUCGCUCUAUCGACGCCUCUGUAAGACCUUCAACAUUCAAACCUGGAAAAUCGACGCACAUUGAACAAGACCUGGUUGAUUGGCGGCUGAAGCGUCUUCGUGAAGACGUUCUCCCUAUCUACCCCUUUCUCCUCACUGUGCCCACCGAUGUGCCCUUUCGACUCGGUAGCCGCUUUGUCAACAAUUGGGCAGUGAGUGAUGCGGGACCAUUCAAUCCCGAGGAGCAGCAAUUACAGUAUAUGACAUUCUUAACCCACGACGAAAGCGAUUCUCUAUUGGUGGCUGUGGGUGAUUGGUCUGACGCCUCAGGGAGCGUGAUGGCUGAUCAACGUUCACGGCCUCAGAGUGCCAUUAGUACACCAUCCAGCAACUCAGGCAAAAAGAAGAUUAGCCUACAUGAUUAUAGGCAUAAGAGGAAGAACGGUACUUCGCCUUCACCCUUGAGUCAAGAAGCUCCUGGCCAACAGAGCGCCUUUACCCUUCAUAUCGCCAAUCAUAAUCAGACUCCCAAACAUAUUCCCGCUAGUGACAACAACCGUCAAAGACCAUCUAAGACGCAUCCACCGUCAAACCUCGCCGCCCAAGUGCACAACGAACAUGUAGACAGGAAGCGCCUGUCCGAUCGGGACCAUGAUCGCCGCGGCCUACAAGCCAAAGACAGCGCGCCGGCAAAAAGACGGAAGCUAUCACAUGAGCCUCCGACGCCUCCUUCUAAAGCAGAAAUCUCAAAUGGGAACGGGCUGCCCGAGCUUCUGUCACCAACCCUACCUCCAACUUCGAGCACUCCGCGAUUACCUCGACUUCUUUCUCCUACUUUGCCACCAGAUCUUGAAAGGGAACUGGCUAGGCUCGGCGAUGAGCCUCUAGCGUCGGACUCUCAACCGGAGCCCACUGUGACUAGCGACACUGUUAGGUUGAAAGCAUGGAAGGGAAAGUCGUACGCGCGCGGCAUCUCACAUUUGGAAUCAACAAGUGCGACUACUAACCCGAAUCUCUCGGGCAAGUCACCACGCUUAGUGUCUGAAAAGACCGCAACAAAAGAUACAGACAAAACAAGCCUCAGUUCUCACACAGUUGCAAGUGCCGAUUCAAAAGGCCAAGUGAGUUGUAGACUAUCACAGCAAUUGAGUACCAAACCCGUCCAACUCUUCUCGUCGGGACCUCGACUAGUUGUGAAGUUGAAAUAUGGAAGGUCAAAUAGAAAGCGCGUUGAAGCCCUCCUCAAAUUCACUGGUAAGAGGAAGCUUUCCCGUCAAAGCUCGCCCUUGCCCGAUGCAGCCGAGCGUGGACUGGCUCAUUCUAUGAGAUCUGAUCAGCCAAGGAUUUUGGUAUCUAGUCAGGCCAGCAAGUCUGUUCAAUCAACUGCCAAGUCGAAAACUGCGGCGGGCAACCAGGCAAAUUCGUCCCUAAAAGACCACCCGAAAGAGCCCCGGUUAGGCGCUGAGAAACCGCAAACCCCGGGGGUGAAUCAAACACAACAGGAGAAAGCAGGGCCAGUGACGAUAUCGCCGGGGAAAGAGCCUAAGUAUUCAACCCGACAGGAACUGCUUAGCAUUGAUGGGAAAGGGCAUUCUCAUCCAGCUUAUCGAAAACCGCCCGCGGAUUACUCUCUUUCAAGCACGACUACGCUUUCACCAUCUCAACCAAAUAGCGCUGAUAGAAAUGGUGAGCGCCGGGCUUGGAAGGAAGAGUAUCAGAAAUAUGGAAAUCUGGGCCGGGAAUUGAAACAUGCCGCUGAUCGACACACAGCCAAAGACAAAGUCACAAGUAACGAUGAAAAGCUUGCUGCAGCUACUGCAAUUGAGGCCAUCAUCUGUUUCGUACUUGCUUUCAUUGCGGAGGACCAGUCCAAGGCAAUUUCGCGUCAAAUCGGCGAUUCCUCGACUUGGUUAUCUAUCAUCGCUUAUUGGCGGGUUGUCAAAAAAAAUAGCAUUCCAUAUCCACCACUUCACAGCCUCUGUCUCAUUCUCGGUGCUGUCUCUUACGAUGCCAUCCAUGCUCUCGACUUAGAACGCCUGGCUGUCACACCUGUGCCAGGCGAGCACACUCCGGUUCCCACGCCGGCAAGUGACGGACAACCCGUUAACUCGGAGGAGAGUAAACGAAGCUUGAAAGAUUUUCUAGAGCUGAAAAAUAGACUCCCAGAGUGUUAUAGAGAGUCUCAAAAGUUGUGGUCUGAUGGCUUUCGCGGCCUCUCAGAAGACAUCCUCGCCCGCGAAUUCCCAGAAACUUGGUCGAAGCGCGCUAGGACUUACUCCGAACAGGGAAAAAAGCGGUUGAAACCCGGGGAAUAUUCCGGUGAGAUAUAUUUGCCGCUUGGGAAAGCCAGCACACCUCUUGAAAUAGUCCGAUUCAGCUGCGCUCUUCUGAGAGAAUGGUGCUCGAAGGAAAAAAUCAACUGGCGGAGCAAGCUCGAUUUAUAGCCGCUUGCUUCCACCUCAUGAUGAAAUGCUUUGCAUGAUAUCAUUAGUUCGAUGGGAACGCCGCCCUCUCUUUUCUCUACAAACUAUUGACACGAGGUUGGCGUUUUCUGCUGCCGUGCUUUACGCUGGCGUCCGGAGUAAAUUGAGACUCAUAUGAAUGGUUACAGGCGACAAGAUAUGAUUUAUUCAUAUCUCCGUUCAUUUUCUUUUGCUCCGAGUUGUUGCCAUUUUCCUUUGAUACCACGGGUUCACAGAUUUGCUUCAUAUUUCAUCUCUUGUCCAUAGCGAUUGAGCGUAU